GUCGUUGCAUUAUAUACGAAACGUAAUUGAGUUUACAGCACAUAAUAAUACAACAAUCGAUCAGAGUUUUUUUUUUACAAGCGGAAUGUGUUAAAAUUUUGGUUAUUUUAUACCACAAGUAACAAUUAAAGCGGACCUCAGCGUUCACAUUAAACUUUGAUGAAAAUCAUUUAUUCGUAUUCAAGAUUUAAUGCACAAGUAGGAACAAUGGAGAGCGAAAGAUUUGAUGCGUCUGCAGGUGUCGUCGAGCAGAAUUCGCUGAAGCCGGAGACAGCACUGCAGCUGGAUAUUGAGGAGCUUGUGUCGAAUAGCAGCGCCGAUGAGACGCCACCUUCAAUGAUUAUUGUCGAGACUUGCAUUAGCUCCAGACAGCCAGCCACGAGCCAGGUGAAACAAGUCGAAAAGGAGACAGCGAGUGAACAAGCUGGCUGCUCCAUUACGUUGGGCCUCAAGCCGAAUGUGCAGUUCCAGAUACUCUCGUCGAACAUGGAGAGCUUUAGCCAAUCGCUGGCCAACACUGAGGCGGCUCUGGCUGCGGCCAACACCUCCACGUGCGCCGCGGUCAGAUCGGCUGGCAGCGACCUGGCCAUACCCAUACUGCGACGCUGUGCGGACAGUGGAACGCAAUGCAAUAAUCUGAAUCUGGACUGCGAGGCAUCCAACUCGAGCGAUUCGAUGCCAUCGAUUGGUUCGCUCGUCUGUCGCAUUUGCCACAAUGCGGAUAAUCCCGAACAGCUGGUGUCGCCCUGUUUGUGCAAGGGCUCGCUGACAUAUGUGCACGUGCAUUGCCUGGAGCGUUGGAUUAGCACUUCGCGCUGCACAAUCUGCGAACUGUGCCAGUUUCAUUACAACACGGAACAGACGCUGCGUUACACGUGCCUCCAAUCGCUGCGCUUGUGGUACUCGCGUGCUAUGAGCCGGCGUGCCUUGCAGGAGGAUUGCCAAAUGUUCUCGCUGCUGACGUUGGUUGCAUUCGGCAUUAUUGGCACCUUGCUGGUGGGCAUACAGUAUUAUGCAAUGCACACACAAUCCUGGGGCCUGAGCAAGCUGUGGACCAAGUCCUGGAUGUUGUUCUUCUUGUUUAUGACGAUUACAGUUUAUUUUGCAAAUAUCUAUAUGUUAAUCAAGUCCCAGCUGACGCCUUGGUAUCGCUGGUGGCAGUCGGCGCGUGAUAUUAAGCUCAUUUUGGAGAAUCGACGACCCUUUCCGAAUCCGAAUCGCGCACAAUCCCAACAGCAGACCAUAGACACAGCUUCGACGACAGCUUCAAUGUUCACGCAUCACGAUCAACUGGAUGUGCAGCAACGUUCCUCUCAGCCGCGAUUUGGCACGCCCUCAUCGAGUGCCUCCUCGCUGCCAAGAGCCUUGCCCGUCGUCACUGUAGAGCCUCCGCCAGGGGCAGGCAUAGCUGCUACGGCCAAGCUAGAGCAGCCAACAACGGGCACCGAAGCGGCCAUCGGCUUGGCCAUGAUCAGCGUUGGUUCAAACUCAAAUCCAAGCCCCAGUUCAAAUCUCAAUCCCAAGUGCAGCUAUGGCGCUGAUGCUGACGCAAGCGCCGGCACUCCAAAUGACAAGGAACAACCACAACAACAGCCACAGCCACAGCCACAGCAGCAGAAACUACAGCAUCCGCUGAUAGAGGAGAAGGCAAGCAACUAAGUAGUUUGUAAUGCCCAGUGGACAGUUUGUAAUUAAGGCUUCAAGGGCAAGGCGUCGGGCUGGCUCUCGAAUGUUUGCCUGCCAUUUAUUUAAUGUACUUUCAAUGCUUUUAAUGAACUGAACAGAACCCAACUUGUCUUAAAC